AUGUCUUCUAAUUUUGAAAAUAAGAGUAAGGAUAAUUUGUUACCUCUUGAAAAUAACAGACAUCAAAAUCAUCAACCUGUAAGUAAGACUUCUGGAAAAAAAUUGUCGAAGCCAAAAAGUGGUACAUCGAAACAUGACGAUGAACUAGACAAUCUCCUGGCAGGAACGUUAUCAAUGCAGCCUAAAUCACAAUAUAGCAAACCAGCAGCCACUGAUAAUGACAGUACACAGCUAAAAACGAAAGUAAAGCAGCUACAACGACAAAUUGAUGUUAAGAACAAAAUGAUAAUAGUAAAAGAUGAUCAAAUAAAACAAUUGAAGAAAAAAUAUGAUGAUGCAAUGAAUUUGAAUCAUCGACUGCAACUGCAAGUAAUUGAUGGACAGCGAUCAGCCGUAGGUAAUAAAAAUUUUCAUGAAUAAUGAAACAUGUGAGUAAAUAA